GACGACUGUGGCGGAGAAGGCCUGGAGGGGCUCUGCGUUCUGGAGUGGCGCUGCUUGGGCCCGUGGCAGGUUGCGGGCUGCUGGUGCUGGGGCUGAAGAGAACGGCGAGUGGGUUCGGCGUUGCCCGUCGGGGUCUCCGCAACGAUGAGUGCUGCCAGGGAGUCCCAUCCGCACGGGGUGAAGCGUUCAGCCUCCCCAGACGACGAUCUUGGAUCUAGCAAUUGGGAAGCAGCAGACUUAGGUAAUGAGGAAAGAAAACAAAAGUUCUUGAGACUUAUGGGCGCAGGAAAGAAAGAACAUACUGGACGUCUUGUUAUAGGCGAUCACAAAUCAACAUCUCACUUCCGAACAGGGGAAGAAGACAAGAAAAUUAAUGAAGAACUGGAGUCUCAAUAUCAGCAAAGUAUGGACAGUAAAUUAUCAGGAAGAUAUCGACGACAUUGUGGACUUGGCUUCAGUGAGGUAGAAGAUCAUGAUGGAGAAGGUGAUGUGGCUGGAGAUGAUGAUGAUGAUGAUGAUUCACCUGAUCCUGAAAGUCCAGAUGACUCUGAAAGUGAUUCAGAGUCAGAGAAAGAAGAAUCUGCUGAAGAACUCCAAGCUACUGAGCACCCUGAUGAAGUGGAGGAUCCCAAAAACAAAAAAGAUGCAAAAAGCAACUAUAAAAUGAUGUUUGUUAAAUCCAGUGGUUCAUAACUCCCAAACACUUAGUCUUUGUAUUAAAAGUAAGCCUUAUUGUUAUAAUGCACAGUGGAGGACUGCUUAUAGAGCACAGACCUUUGUAUUAUAAUUUUUAAAAAGGCCCUUUUAAAUAAUUACAAAGAGUGUUUGCUUUCAAAUGCCAUGGAUUACACUUUUAUGGGCAUGACUAUUAACCAUUUUUGUAAAGAGUAAGAGUUGUAUAAAAUAAGAAAUAAAUACAAUACUCAAUUUCUUUUCAUAUUAGCAUCAUCAAACCUCUAAUCUCACCUUUUUACCCCUUCAGAUAGUUACGGGGGAGACACUUUUGUGGUAGCUGUUUCAUCUUUUUUGUUCCUUCAUAUUUUUCUCUUAUAAGAAGUUUAUCUGAUACUGUAAUGUGUUCAUGAAAAAUGUUCAGUUAUCAUACUUUGUUAUAGUAGAACUAUUCAUCAUGGAUAUUUCUGCUGCCAAUAACAGUCUAAAUUGUUUGCAAAAGAUUAGGUACUUAGUUUACUCUUCCUGAUUCAGCUCUACUCUCUUGGACCAAAGCAACAUGAGAGCAAAUACUUUCACACUGGUUAAGAUGGAGUUGCAACUAUCAUACAUUUUGGAAUGCUAUGAUCCCAAGCAGUCUUUAUAUAAUUUGAAUUACAUUGUAUGUUAGAUUUUUGAUAAAUUUGGCCAAUUUUUACAGAAGAAAUUAUUUCUCUGAUUAUUUGGUCCUGUUUAGGAAUAUGUAAAACUGGAUUUUUUUUUUUUAUGGUAAUAUGUGACCAAAGUUAAUUUUCUUCCUAAGCCCUCAAUAAAGAAAAGCAGUUUCCCAUA